UCUGUAAUUAUCAUCAGUAUUGUUCUCCUCUUGUACACUGAAUAUUUAUAUUUUUCAGUUCAUUAUGAUGAUUAUAAUGAUUAUUCCUAAAUGCUACGAUGAAGGUAUAGUUAUGAUUGCUAAGUGCAAACAAUGUCGAAAUAAGAGAUUUGAAUGCCCUUUGGCUUAGACCCUCUAAUCCGCUACAUCUUGAUAUCCAUGUUGAGCAUUGCCUUGAAGGCUAUCUCAACCUUAUCACUCUCCACAUCGUUUAUGUUAAGUAAGUUGUAAAGCAAACAUGCUUUGUUUUUAUUAACAAACUUAUAUUCUAUCCAAUAAAUGCCAAGUAUAAAAUAUCAAUCUGUGAGAACUGACCAAUAAUGGUACUCGUUAGUAUGAUAACAUAUCGUAUUCUUGCCUGGUAACAAGGACUGACCAAUGGGUCAGUUUGGUCAUAUGAAUGACUGCCGAGCUAAAAUAGGAGUAUGUUUGCGACUUUGCCAUGAGAAGUACCGGGAGCUUCACUUUACUAUAAGGUGCAAAAGUUAAUUUUGAAUUUGAAGACAAUCAUCUAGUAGAUAUUCUUUUGGAGAUUGGCUUUUAAUAGGACAAUGUGGAGAAGUUUAAAAUGAAGAAGGGUUUUCCAUAAGUUGCGGGAGCUAUCGAUGUUUUUAUUAAAGUUACUGAAGAAUGCAAGCAAUCAGAGCCUUCCGUGGAGGAUGCCGAGGCCGUGAACCGGCAAGGGUACUGAAAAGAACGUUCAACUUACUAGGCCUAGCGUUUGAAAGGCAUCUGAGUUUUAGACAUAAUCAUGACAUCAAAGUUGAAAGAAACAAAAAUCAUGAAAAACAAGUGUUAAAAUCCAUCAAAAGCCCCGUUAGAUCUUACAAUGAAUGGGACACUUUGGAAGAAGUAAUCGUAGGUCGAGUUGACAACGCAACUGUUCCACAGUUUUCAAUUGAAGUCAAGGCAAAUACGUCUGAGAAACAUUGGCCAUUCUUCAAAACUAAAGGUGGACAACCGUUUCCAUCUGCCCACUUGCAAAAGGCUUACGAUGAGGUGGAGGAAUUCUGCCACGUUCUACAACAUGAGGGUGUUGUCGUCCGCCGUCCAGACAUAAUUGACUUCAACGAGGAGUACCAAACACCAGACUUCAAAUCAAAAGGUAUGUAUGCAGCCAUGCCGAGGGAUAUCCUGCUCGUUGUAGGCGAGGAGAUUAUUGAAAGUCCAAUGGCGUGGCGAUCUCGCUUCUUUGAAUACCGUGCAUAUCGCCCUCUAUUGAAAGAGUACUUUAGAAAUGGCGCCAAAUGGACCACUGCUCCCAAGCCCCAGAUGAGUGAUGAACUUUAUGAUCAGGAUUACCCAGUGAAAUCAGUCGAGGAUAGACAUCAGCUGGCGGCAGUGGGCAAGUUUGUGACCACCGAGUUUGAGCCUUGCUUCGACGCAGCUGACUUCAUUAGGGCUGGCCGGGAUAUCUUCGCCCAAAGAAGUCAGGUUACAAACCUAAUGGGCAUUGAAUGGCUACAGCGCCACCUAGGAGAUGAAUACAACGUGCACACGUUGUCCUUUGACGAUCCUAAUCCAAUGCAUAUUGAUGCAACUUUUAAUAUCAUUGGACCAGGUCUAGUGCUGUCUAACCCGGACCGUCCAUGCCAUCAGAUUGAUUUUUUCAAGAAAUCUGGUUGGACCGUUAUUAAACCUCCCACACCCAUCAUGCCAGACAAUCACCCACUUUGGAUGUCAUCUAAAUGGUUGUCGAUGAAUGUCUUGAUGCUAGAUCCGAAGCGAGUAGUAGUGGAUGCUAAUGAGAUACCGACGCAAAAGAUGUUUCGAAGUCUGGGCAUUGAAUGUAUCCUGGUAAAUUUGCGCUUCGCAAACUCGCUUGGUGGCGGUUUCCAUUGUUGGACCACAGAUAUUCGUCGAGCGGGUGAACUGCAAUCAUAUUUUUAAAUUGUAAUGGAUUUAUUAAUCAGCUGUUUAACGGCAAUUGAAAAAAAUAUUAUUUCUCAAGUGUGUUUUUUAAUUUUGUUUCUUAUAUAAAUAAUAAAUGUAAUAACACCAUGAAGUUAUAAAAUACACCUUCAUGCUGGUAAAAUACAUUGAUGUUAAAAUUUGAUUCCCAUCCCAUGAUUUUUUUUUUCAUAAUUCCAGCUAAACAAAAAAAAUGUUGAUUCACUUGAAGAUAAAAUAUUUCUAUCAAUUCAAUUUUCGACAUAAUCUGAUUAAAUAUGAAUUUCUGAUCAUUUGUUUCUU